UGAUGCCCCGCGUUGAGAGGAGUGCCUGGACUGGUUACCUGGUAACCACUCAAACAUUGUGUUGAUAGGAUGGCAAUGCGGAAGGGCUUGACAUCUAAAGCUAGCAACAAGUUGGUGAUCACCUCAGUUGCCUUUCAAGACCACAUCACACGUAGCCUGCUGCAUCAAAACUUCUCACUUUCUGACCCUUUGAUGAGAUACAAAAUACAAGCACCCAGAAAAAGAGUGGAUGAGAGGGGUCUGCAGACACAAGAUCAGCAAGAAGAGAGAGAAUAUGUGCUUGAUUCUGCUCCACGUCCCUUAACAUUAGCUCAGAAGUUGGGUUUGGUGGCCUCCCCUGCAGGGAGACUGAGAGAGGACGAAUGGACUCGGGUCAAGGCAAGGUCUAUUCAGCAGGGGGACUCAGCUCAGCCCUGUGCAAUAUGCAGGGAGGAGUUUUGCCUUCAGCCUCAGGUGUUGCUGUCUUGUUCUCAUGUUUUCCAUAGAGCAUGUUUGAAGGCCUUUGAGAGAUUUUCUGGGAGGAAGUGCUGCCCAAUGUGCAGAAAGGAGCAGUAUGAGACACGGGUGAUCCACGAUGCAGCUCGACUCUUCAGACACCAAUGUGCCAUCAGAAUUCAGGCAUGCUGGCGAGGCUACGUUGCUCGGAGAAGUUAUAGAAAAUUGAGAAAAUCAAUCUGCCCAAAAGACAAACAGCUGCGACGGAAAUUCUUCGAAGCAAAGUUGCAGGAGUUGAAUGACAGCUUUGUCCGAUACUGUCACACCGACACGGAGGCUUUUCUGAGUGAUAUCAACCGCUCCCUGUCACACAUCUCUGAACCUCAGGAGAGUGACUGGGAUCGAAUACAGAGCCAGGUUAUCCAGAGAGAUGUCUGGGACUGCCCUAUUUGCCUGACUGCAUUGUGCAGGCCAAGCCUACCAACAGAAGCAGGUACAUCCAGCCAUCAACAACAAAGACGCACCCUGCUUCUGUCCUGUUCCCACCUCUUCCAUCAGCUCUGUCUAGAGGCCUUUGAGGCCUUUUCUAUAGAGAGCAGACCUUCCUGUCCCCUGUGCAGAUCAGUCUACCACAAAAAAAACAUCUAAAAGGGUACAAAUUUAUGCAAGAUGGCAUUUUAAAGAUUUUUUAUUGUUAUUCGACAAAGGACAGUGUAGAAAUGGGGGAUAGAGGGUUAUGACAUGUAUUAAAAGUCUUAAGGCCGAUAUUGAACCCAAGACGUUGCCGUUAUAUGGCAUGCGCUGUAACCACUCAACAAUGAUAAGAAUAGUUCAAAACUUUUGGGAAAUACUGUCCUGCUAUUAUAUGAAGCUGGAGCUGGAAGGUGAUUACCAUAGCUUAGCCACAAGGUGGGCUAGCUUGGCUCUCUCCACAGUUAAAAAAUCAACAAACAGGCCCUCGGAAGCUCACUAAUGAUAUAAUACAUUGUAUUUAAUUUGUUUAAUCUGUAUAUAAAAAGGAAUGUAAAUUCGA